AUGUCGCAAAAGGUUGAUCAUCUUUGUGUCCUAGUCCAUGGACUUUGGGGCAAUCCAUCCCAUUUGGACUACCUGGCCGCGUCUCUCAGAGAGCGAUACGGAAAAGACCGUCUCUGCAUACUCGCCGCGAAGGGGAAUUCUGGGAAUUUCACCUACGAUGGAAUCGAGCUCGGAGGGGAGCGACUGGCGCAUGAGAUCGAAGACACUCUGGGUGCCUUGGCUGCGGAGGGGACCCAUAUCAAAAAACUGAGCGUUAUCGGAUAUUCUCUAGGAGGUCUAGUCGCCAGAUAUGCGCUGGGUUUGCUACACGCGCGAGGAUGGUUCGACAAGCUGGAGCCCGUCAAUUUCACCACGUUUGUGUCGCCACAUGUCGGUGUGAGAAUGCCACUUAAGGGUAUUCGAGACCAUAUUUUCAAUGGCUUGGGCGCCCGGACACUGUCCAUGUCCGGCAGGCAAAUGUUCAUGGUGGAUGAGUUCCGAGAUACGGGAAAGCCACUGCUUAGCAUCCUCGCUGAUCCGGAUAGCAUUUUCAUUCAAGCCCUGGCAAAGUUCAGAAACCGUUCAGUAUACUCGAAUAUCGUCAACGACCGUUCGACGGCUUUCUUCACCACCGCUCUUUCGACAACGAACCCAUUCCAGGACCUUGAAAACGUGAACGUCAAUUAUGUGAAGGGCUAUGAGCCAGUCGUUAUUGACCCUGAUGACUACUUUCUGCCUCCGAAAAAACAAGAGCCGCCGUCUUUCGUUUCUAGGCUAUGGCAAAAGAUCAAAGGCACGUUAACUCAAGUGGCAAUCUCGCUGCUCGUCGUGGUGUUUGUCCCCAUUGGCGUUGUACUAUACCUCGUAAAUGCUGCUGUACAGACGUACCGCAGUCACCAGCGUAUUCGCCUCCAUGAGGACGGAAAGGCAGGAGUACUUCUCUCCAACUACCGUGUGCCUGUUAUUGUGAAGGACAUGCAAAAUGCAGUCGAAGAUGCCUUCGAGAGCGCAACCGCGAUGCAAGAUCCGGCCUACCUACCAAACGCUCGUAACCGUACCGGAAAGGAAGAAUCACUCCCGCAAACACCUGCUGUCAGCAAGACUGGCGCCAUUGAAGAUCAAACAGACACGCUAGAGGAGACUUCUUCCGCGUUGCCUGACCAAAAACGCGAUGCCACACUGGCUCUAACGCCAGCUCAAUUCUCUAUCAUCGAAUCACUCAAUUCCGUGGGAUUCCGAAAGUACCCUGUAUGGAUCCAUAAUCACUCGCACAGCCAUGCAGCCAUCAUUGUGCGAAUGGCGAAAAAGGGAUUCGAAGAGGGCAAAGUCGUGGUGAAGCAUUGGCUCGACAACGAAUUUGACAUUGAGUGA